GUAAUACAAUAACUGAUUUUAUGGACUUGGAGCGAGAACGAGGUAUCACAAUUCAGUCAGCUGCAAUUUCGUUGUUCUGGCGUCAGAAUCGUAUCAACUUAAUCGAUACACCUGGUCAUGUUGAUUUUACACUCGAGGUUGAACGAUGUGCGCGUGUUUUGGACGGUGCAAUUACGGUAUUGGAUGGAUCGGCUGGAGUUCAAGCACAAACCAUAACUGUUUGG